UUCCGAGUAUAUAUUAUUGAAGCAAAUGUUUCUUACAUAGGUUCUGUGUUUUGCUGCCAUUUACAGCCAAAGGCUGGCAGAUUGGCUGUGACUGGAGCAGAGGAUGAUAUGGCAUAUGUUUGGGAAACACAUUCAGGAGAAGUAGUGUUACAAUGCAAGGGCCACAAGGACUCUGUGACCUGUGUUAGAUUCAACUAUGAUGGGUCUUACGUUGCAACUGGAGACAUGAGUGGUGUCAUACAAGUAUGGAAAAUAGCUAACAAGUUACAAGUAUGGGAAACAUGUAUUGGCGACCUGACUUGGCUGAGGUGGCAUCACGGAGCAAAUGUCUUGCUAGCUGGAACUGAGUCGGGGGAGGUAUACGUGUGGAGAAUUCCAGGAGGAGAAUGCAAAGUGUUGCCUGGCCAUGGUGACAAAGCAGACUGUGGACUCAUGUUGCCUGAUGGCAAACGUAUGGCGAUAGGUUAUGCAGAUGGCUCACUUAAAAUAUUUGACACAAAGACUGCGACAGUAUUACACCACGUACCUCAAGGACAAGCUCACACUGGUACAAUUACUGACAUGGACUGCCAUCCUGAUAACAACUUGCUUAUCUCUAGUAGUGUGGAUGGACAUGCUGUUGUGCUCAAAACUCAAACUGGAAAGAAUCCUUGGUCCAACAGCUCUUCAGCAGUAUGCGGAGAAGAGGGUGGGUUUACCGAGGAAUAG